CCCCUCCCGGGUCCUCUUGUGGCGUAGGCACCAAGCAAGAGUCGUUCCUGGGCGGGCGGUUGCUGGUAUUUGGACUCCGGCUCACACUCAGGCUCUUCUGUCACGUUUUUGCUUCCGCCCAGGAGUGUGAGAGAUUUGGUUGUCCACCCCUGGCGGGGCAGUGGAGUACCAUGAAGCGGGCAGCGAUGUGGCUUUGUACCUUGAACAGGGGGCUUCUUACUCAUGGCAGAGGACUGAGUCAAAGAUCCCAGUACACCAAAAAUCAUGGACCCUUACACAUCAGUGAAGCAUGUUCAGCUAUCCAUGUGAAUCAUGUUCGGGAUAAGUUACGGGAGAUAGUAGGAAUAUCCACAAACUGGAGAGACCAUGUGAAAGCAAUGGAGGAGAGGAAGUUACUUCAUAACCUGUUGGCUAAAUCACAGAAAGCUCUACCACCGAGGAAAAUGAAGGACAGUUUCAUCGAAGUUCUCCUACCUUUGGGUACUGAUCCUGAGCUGCGAGAUAAAUAUCUGACUGUUCAAAACACAGUAAGCAGAUUCGGCCGGAUUCUUGAGGACCUUGACAGCUUAGGAGUUCUUGUUUGCUACAUGCACAACAGAAAUCAUUCCGCUAUGAUGUCUCCUUUAUCAAUAGUGACAGCCCUAGUGGACAAGAUUGAUAUGUGUAAACAGAGCUUAAGUCCUGAACAGGACAUUAAGUUCACUGGCCAUGUUAGCUGGGUUGGAAAGACAUCCAUGGAAGUGAAGAUGAAAAUGUUCCAGCUGCAAAAUAAUAAGGAUUAUUGGCCUGUUUUGGAUGCAACCUUUGUCAUGGUGGCUCGAGAUUCUGAAAAUAAAGGGCCAGCAUUUGUAAAUCCACUCAUCCCUGAAACUGCAGAAGAAGAAGAACUCUUUAGACAAGGAGAAUUGAACAAGAGACGAAGGAUUGCCUUUAGCUCCGCUUCAUUACUGAAAAUGGCUCCCAGUCCUGAGGAGAGGAAUACCAUACAUGAGAUGUUUCUUAACACACUGGAUCCAAAGACUAUAAGUUUUCAGAGUCGAAUUUUGCCGCCAAAGGCAGUGUGGAUGGAGGAUACAAAACUCAAGAGCUUGGAUAUUUGUCACCCUCAGGAGCGGAACAUUUUCAAUCGGAUCUUUGGUGGUUUUCUUAUGAGGAAAGCAUAUGAACUUGCGUGGGCUACUGCUUGUAGCUUUGGUGGUUCCCGGCCAUUUGUGGUAACCGUAGAUGAUAUCAUGUUUCAGAAACCCGUUGAAGUUGGCUCACUGCUCUUUCUUUCUUCGCAGGUAUGCUUUACUCAGGACAAUUACAUUCAAGUCAGAGUACAUAGUGAAGUGGCCUCUCUUGAGAGUAAUGAACAUAUGACCACCAAUGUAUUUCAUUUUACAUUCAUGUCAGAAAAAGAAGUACCCUUGGUUUUCCCCAAAACAUAUGGAGAGUCCAUGUUGUAUUUAGAUGGACAUCGUCAUUUCAAGUCCAUGAGUGUCCCAGUGACCUUGAAAAAGGAUUACCCUGUGGAGCCCUAGGAAAAUCUCACUUGCUGCAAACCAGCAGUUCCUGCACAGUGGCAUAGUGCCUAAUAAAGCCAUGCUGUAAAGUAUUGAUGUUUGUAUGGCCUUUCAUCCUCCAUAAAGGGGACUAUAUUCAGCUUUUAGAACCAUCAGAAAAGCAGAAUGAGUGGCUGGAUGGGGCUGAGGGAGUGAAAGAAUGAUUAAACAAUAAAUCCUUUUACAGUGCUGUGAAUUGUGAGCCUACCGUGUUGCUUAUGACCCCUAUGUGCUAAACAUUUCAGCCGAUUGUGUUUUUAUACAGUUGGGCAUGUUCUUUUGAGUAAAAUUCUUUUUAA